AUGGCUGCGUCAAUUGUUAGGUGGAAAGGUGGUGGUAACUUUUCAAAUCUUGUGACAUCAUUAUGGAGAAAUCGAUUGUUUGUCUUGUGCCAGCAAGAGUUACAUACAUCUCAGUCAUUUCAGAUAGACAGAAGAAAAGACAAAGAAAUUUCGCAGUAUUUACGUUAUCGAAAUCAUGAAAAAACAGUUCAGCACAGACAUCAUCCUAUUCAUGAAUUACCUGAUUAUUCUUAUUCUGAUGGCAGACCCACUGAAGUAGCAAUUUGCCAGAAGUCGCGUCAAGAUAGAAACUACCAGCUAGCUAAACAAAUUGUGCAGCUUGUGGGUGAAAUGAAAUUUGCACAGGAGCAGUUGUUGUCACAGGCCGCUGAUAAAUCCAGAAAUGAGCAGGCACGACUGGAUUCGCGUCUUAAGGAAAAAGGCACACCAAUGUAA